AUGCCGCCUGCAACCCGACCACCAUACAAAGGCACCCGUCGGAAGCUCGUCCUGGCGUUCGAUGUCGGAACGACGUAUAGUGGCAUUUCGUACAGUAUCCUGGAUCCUGGCCGUGUUCCAGAAGUAAAGGGAGUAACAAGAUUCCCGGCACAUGAGCAGACGAACGGCUCUUCGAAGAUCCCAACACUGAUAUAUUACAACGAAGAUGAGGAGGCGUGCGCUGUAGGCGUGCGCUAUACGCACGCGAACGGGACGCGACUUUGGAGCUCGGUCGAAGACAGUAUUGACUUCGUUCUCUCGCACCCGAACGGGUGGGAAGGCGCGGAGCAGAACCAGAUCCGCAAGGCGGCUGUUCUCGCUGGGCUCAUUCCCGAUAAUCCCAGCGGGCAUGCACGGAUUACGUUCGUUACCGAAGGCGAGGCGAGUUUGCACUUCGCUAUCCAACAGGGUGUCCUGGUCGAAGCCAUGGAGGAAGGGAAUGCGGUUGUUGUCGUGGACGCGGGAGGAGGAACUAUUGAUGUCAGCUCCUAUACGAGGAGGCAGUCCACAGGAGCAUUUGAGGAAGUUGCUCCGACCCGAGGUAGCUUCAAAAUCUCUUCCAAUGAUGACUUUUCUGCUAAAGAAACUUUAAGGUUAUUUUCACGGAUCAGUGUUUGUUUGCAUCCAUGCUCGGGUAUACUUGCAAUACUUCUUGGCAGAGUCCCAUAUCUGGACGAUAUCGAGCAUAUCGUCGAAUGCUUUGACGAUACCACGAAAAUACGUUUCAAAUCCGAUACUAAGCCGCAAUACAUCAAGUUCGGGUCAACUCGAGACAAUGAUGCAACAUACAACAUUCGAUUCGGUCAACUAAAGCUCGACGGAGCAGAUGUUGCUGGGUUCUUUCGACCCUCCGUACAGUGCAUUGUGAACGCCGUGUUGGAGCAACGACGAUUGUCACGGCCAAUAGUCCAGAGCGUCCUUAUGGUUGGUGGCUUCGCCUCCAAUGACUGGCUCCUAGAGAAUGUGCAAAUCGAACUGGGGAAAUAUGGCUUAAACGUCUUCCGUUCUGAAGAACAUAUAAAUAAGGCAGUGUCAGAUGGAGCUGUAUCAUUCUACUUGGACAACGUCGUGCGCGUAAGGGUGUCCAAGGCCACCUUAGGGACGCUCUCAAGCGUUGAAUAUAAUCGGAAAGAUCCCGACCAUAUUUCGCGGGCGAAGUCUAUAUUCUUGGACCACUCCGGGGACAAGAGACUACCAGAUCGAUUUAAUAUCAUACUACGAAAGAACACCCAAGUAUCAGAAGCGACCGAGUUUAGACAGCGCUUCGGCCGGGUAUACUCAAACCGUUCCGACUUACGGACCGUCUCGACUGUCAUUUGGUGCUAUCGAGGUACUACGAGUAACCCCGUCUGGAAGUCCGAUGACCCAGGUCAUUAUUCCGAAUUCUGCACCGUCACUACCGACCUCUCCCAUAUACAAAUAAAACCAAAGAAGAAUGAUAAAGGCGACCUGUAUUAUCGCCUAGAAUACGACUUGGUCCUCUUGUUUGGGUUCACGGAAAUCCAGGCUCAGAUAGCAUGGAAGGAAAAUGUAUGA